CUACACAACAAUUACGAAAAUGACGUCAGUACUGCCCAUGAGACAGGAAAGUAGAUAUUCCUUCGAGAGUCAACCAAAAGUUUUAACACAACCUAACUGCGAUAUUGUGGACAACUUCACUAAUAUGGUGCUUUAUGAAAAUCGACGUGGUAAUUUGAUGUUUGACAGACGUGUGAUAAGAGGAAACACUUAUGCAUUUCGUCCUGUUUUAAUCCAAGCACAGUCUGGUUUGAAAGAGAGGAAGAAGAGGCCAAAACACCGCAGUGAUAUUACCACCCUGGAAAAAGACAAA